AUGGCGCAACAACGAAGACUGUACAUCCAAAUGUCAGGCGCCCCGGGCUCCGGCAAGAGCACGCUCGCCCGGCUGCUCGCCAAGUCGACCGACGCCGUCGUCUUCGACCACGACGUCAUCCGCUCGACGAUUCUCGCGCACGGGACCGCGUUCGACAGCGCCGCCCAGCUCGCCUACGGCAUCGGCUGGGCGCUCGCCGAAGACGCCAUGCGACAGGCGCGCAGCGUCGUCAUGGACAGCACGUGCAACUACGCGGAGACGCUGGGCCGGGGCCGCGCGCUCGCCGAACAGCACGGGUACGAGUAUUGGUAUGUCGAGUGCCGGGUCGACGACCUUGCCGUGCUGGACCGGCGCUUGCGCGCGAGGGUGCCGCUGAGGAGCCAGAGGACGGGCAUCGACGUCGCGCCUCGCGAUGCUGGGGCUAUCAAGAACGGGGCCGAGGCCGAGGCGCGCUUCAGGGAGCGCAUGGAGAGCCCGUGCCGGCCGGACAGCAAUGUCAUUAUCGUUCAGUCUAUCGGAGACCUCGAGGACCGGCGGGACGACGUUUUGAAGUGUUUGAAUGGACGUUGA